CUGCCACCAGUCUCGCUAGUUCAUGGAUGACGAUCCUUGGCGCAAUCCCUUUGCUGAGCCUGAGUCUGGGGCCGAGCAGGACAUUGUCAUAACGAAUGACUUGAAGCCGUCAACUGCUAUAUCUGAUUGGGGCCUAACUGCAUCAGUUCUUGACUUGCAUGCGGGUCAGUCAUCGCUUGAAUCGCCCAGUUGGGAACCGUCGCCUAUUGCAGAUGAGGGUAUGGGUGGUUGGGCAUCAUCUGCACUCCUAGAAACUCCGGCAUGGGGUUGUGAGCGACCGGAGAAACCUUCGUGGCAGUCAUCAUCUCCAGACCCCAGAGCUGAAGACGCUGAGCUACAGAAUCUUGAGAAGGAUGUCCAAACCACUCCCAGCACUCAUGACUUAGAUAGACCCGACUGGAAAUCAGAAUCUUCAGUGGAGACCAUCAACGUGGAAGAAAAAACCCCUUCAGAGCUGUCAGAACCUGCACUGAAAGCUGAACUGGACGACACGCCUAGUACUGAUAAUCCCGAUGCUUUCGGCGGUUUCGAGUCUGGGAGUUUUGGGGAAAUUGAUGUGGACAACGCCUGGAGAACUGCUGAAAUGGUUGACGACCAAGCUUGGUCAUCUGCUUGGUCUGGGGGACCACCAAUUUCUCAAAGUGACGAGAAGGAAUCAGUCAAAGACGAAUGGGAUGUAGCUUUGGAGAUGAAGAGACAGAGAGAGAGCAUUGUCCCUAGGGAGCGCCUGGACGAAUGGAUUAGCAGCAUACAGACUAACAUAUCCGAAGUGUGGCCAUCUCCAAAAGACGGUCAGUCUAGCGAUGACUGCAGCUGGAGAAUUUCGAUGGAUCCAGACGGUAAAAUCGCUCGGCUAUUGGAAACUGUUCCCUCCGAAAUGCAGCUUCCGCGUCUCCCUCAUUUUCAUCAGACAAAGCUAUACGCAUCCCAAGCAAAGGCCCUUAAGUUAACCAGAAAUCUUCCGCUGAGUCUCAGGAGUCCGCUUUCCCUUCUGCAGAUUUCCAAGGGUUCUGCCUCUUGGGAAAAGUCCGUGAGGCAGGAUCCAAAAAGAGAAUCGGAUGACUGGGACUGGCCCCCAAACCCAGUCCCGAGCUCCUCUGCUGCGCGCCAGGAAGGUCAAAUGGGCAGUGCGACCGCUCCAAAGGAGCAGCCAAAUUAUGGGGAGAAGAGGACCAUCCGUAGUAGCAUCAUGUCAUUCUUGAGCAGCAAAACUGCCUCCCUUGCAUCUACGGCCUCGACAUCCAGUUCUAUAGGCACCGAGGCAUUCCCGAAGACUCCCCCGGCUCUUUCGCCAGUCUCUAAUGAGCCAGCACAAGCUAGCCUCGAAACCCAGUCAAAACCAUCUGAGUCAAAAGAGGACGUGAUUGAAGUUACUUCAUCUGCCCUUCCCCAGGCCGACAGCGAUCAACUUCCACACAAAUCCAAGGAUUCAAUUCGCUCGCUCUUCAAAAACGCCGACACGUCAGUUGUUGCAGUAGAGGAUGAUGAACACACGGUGGAGGGACCCGCCACUCAUUCAGUCGUCUCACGAUUCCUGAACCGGAUCACUCGAGGUAGGAGCUCUGCUAGUGAAAAUGCAGCGCUCUCACUGUCGAAUUCGGAUCUUUCUUAUCUUGAGGAAGUGAACGGGACUACUCAGGGAUCCGACACGGCUGGAUUUGAUGAUUCCAUAUUUGAGAAACCGAGCAUCCCAGACCCGCCUCAAGGCACAAAGCCGCAGCCAAUCGUGCCAACAUCAUUCCUGCCCUCUUCACAGGAGCUGUAUCGCCAGAGGGCGGUGGCCGAUGCCAUAUUUUCACGUCCGUCAAGAACAUCAUCAAUUUCAUCGACAGACAUAUGGGAUCUCCCUAUUGCUUCAUCACACACACCCGUAUCACCUCAGUCGUCACCCCGCAAUUCCUUUUCUUCCCAACCACCACUUAUCUCCCCAACCCCCAAACCAGCAAUGACAGGUUUGCCCCGCCCUCAGUCUAAGACCCCCUCAUUGAGGCGCUCUGUCAAAUCCACACCACCGCCUGCACAAUCGUCUUCGCCAACUAGCACGGCGCCUGCUCUGCCGGCUCCACCUCGAACUAUCACCCCUAUUCAACGCCCACCAUUAAACGCUUCCCCGGAUCACCCAAUCCUUUCUCUGGCUAGUCCAACUAAAAGAGCGGUUCGCGUGGAGACACCACUAAUUGAGGAUGACUUCGAUGAUUUCAUUUCUAGCCCCUCAGAUCACACGCCUCACUGCCUCACUAUGCGGAGUAUUCCCCUUGCUGCACGAAUUGUGCCACCAAGAUCAUCGACUCCCCCAAAACAGAUACAGUCUGCGAUGCAGAAGUCUCCCCUUUCGUUGUCAACGUCCUCGAAGGCUCCUUCAACAUUGAACUUCGACUUUUUGAGCGCUUUUGGAGGCUCAUCUUCAUCAAGAGGGACGACUCCAACCAUAGGUCCUCCAUCGCGAACAUCAACACCUGGACAGAAACUCGGAUUUUCGCCUACGCAGCAACCACUCCCAGUGAAGCGAUCCAGCGUAGUCGAUUCAAAAACAGGUCUCUCGGCGCAGGAUCUUUCAUUUUUCGAAGGAUUGUGAUGACGGAAGCUGGUAUCCUGGACUUGUCACUACCUAUUCUUGAUAUUGGGGGACAUUGCGAGGUUGUGUGUUUCUUACAUACAUCCUAGUUGAAUUACAUCAUGCAUCUAGUGUAUAAUAUACUACGUCAGUCGCAGCUCCCAUCAGCAGGCCCAUCCCUCCAUCUCUCGUCUAUUUUACUGCAAUCAAAAACCUCCUUACCCA